AUGCCAUACCGCUCGUUUCAGACGAUUUUAGCUCCAUCCACUUUUUUUACUAGACACAGAGAAAUUCGACGGAACUUUUCCAAAAUGGCGGAUAGCAGUUCGACACGCACUGCGAUCCCAAAAACUGAAACUACAAAAUCUGAAAAGAGCAACAAAACCGAGAUGAAGACCGCCGUCGUCGAUGGGAAUGCUCAGCCAGUGGUGCAGUCUACUGGGGUGAAGGACAUAGUCGAUAUCCUGUGGGCGGCGUUAAUGUUCAUGCUCAUGAUCAUCGUUCGUUUCCUUCACUCGGCGUUCGAAGUGCUCUCGGACGUCUUCGUCAAAAUCUACCGAAUCCUUCUCUUCUGCUACCGUAAGCCGCAUCACGCGAAGGAGUUGAUCAUCUCGACACUCCACAUCAUCAAAGUGUCAUACGAUGCAGAGAUCUGGACAUGGACCGAUAUGUGGGAAGUUCUGAAAUCUCAUCUGAUUGCUCCGAUGACGAGAGCUCCGCCCCUUCGAGCACAGACGGCGACGAAGCAGAAGACUAGAUAG